AUGUCAACAGUACGACGACGCAGUUCCCUUGCAGGUGACGAUUCACCUCUCGAAGAAGACACCGCAGCAGCAUCCAGCACCUCUUUACACUUCGGUACGGCCUCACCGUCGGCCGCUUUUAGGUUCGGCGACCACGUCCCCGACCAAUCGGACAAGCCUCCGACCGUCGACGACGACGACGAGCACUGGCGUACCUCUCCGGGGGAUCCUCAAGAAUGGAAAUAGCGCGAAUAGUAACAAGGGUCCAAGUCGUUAUAGGGAACAUUCUAUGUCAGAGGCUUUGAUGGAGUCGGGGUGGUGGAAGAUGAGGAGACGGGAGUUGCAGGUUCAAGGCUCAAAGUUCGCGAUGCUGCUGGGCGGGACGGUCGUCGUCGCGUGGGUGGUCAGAUCGAUGCUGUGAGUCCGCAUGCACACAUGAUAGCGAUCUAUUGCUCGUGACGGUCAUUUUCUGCAGCAAAUCUGGAGUGGAGUAAUUUCGCAUGUGACGACGCGAAUUCAUCGGAAUCCGUCAGGGGCUCAGUCGGACUCUGAGAGGCAACGAGGGGCACGCCCCCCCCCCCCCCCCCCCCCGUGGAGAGGAUGACUCGUCGACGCGUCCUGCCUACUGUCCAGACGAAAUUGUGAUAUCCAUAUUUCCAUAUUCAUCUAACGAUGUUAUAAAGUUUACCUCCACCUCACAGAGGCCGGGGCUUGAACACAAGGCGCGGUUCCGAAAUUUGUGACGCCCUCGGUUCACCUGGACGAUUGCUCGUCGACCUCGAGUUACCCUUCAAGGCCGAAUGGCGGCCAAUCGACGAGGAAUGAUGUCCUCCUCUGCCGAAGUACCUCUCUGCGUUGUGGACACUCACCCAUGGGCCCGAUCGGAACCAGCCCAACUUCCCCUUCGAUGCUUAUUCUGCCGAGCACCGAGUCUUCGCCUCCGACCCUUAUCCGUCCCACUGGGUCACACUCUCGAACCGCACCUCCUCGGCCUCGUUGAAUCCCAAUGAUCAGGUCUCUUUUUUGCGCAAGAAGCGGUCACAACCCCCUACAGUCCUCGUCAUUGGCGAUUCGGUCGAUCGAAAUGGACUCGUACAUUUUUGCCAGCUUUUCAAGCGCGAGCUCUCGAUUUCUCACUACCACGACAUCAAUUCGCACCCACCCGGUGCCUUACCGGCCGAUUUGACCAAAGGUCAUGGACCCAAGUUCGAUGGAUGGGAUCAACGAGGCUUGCCGCACAUUUGCGAGAUCCCAUUCCAUUCGGAUACAAGGGAAGCUGGGACCGAUGGAGUGGCGAUGCGAGUCGUCAAUGGGUUCCAUUACGGGAUGGACGCUUUGGACGAGUUCAACACCCCUGAUCAUACGGAUUGGCACAAGCCGGGGAGGGUGGAGGACCGAUUGGAGAAACUCAUUGUGCCGUUCAUCGAACAGCUCGGAGGACUGGACAAGAUCGAUGUGGUGCAAUUGCACAGUGGGAUGUGGGACUUGGCACGAUCUCAACGAAAACGUAUUUCAGCAGUCAUUCCAGUUGCUUACCAAAAUAUUCUCUUCCCUGAUGGAUCGUACAGGCUCUUUUUGGUAUGCAAGACGAUAAGACCAAAUGGUCCUUGACCGUGCCGUUGACGCCGGAUCAGCUCGCUUGGUGGCAAGAACGGAUGAGACAAACGAUCCGACACGUACGAUGGCUCUUCCCGAGGGCCAGGGUCGUUUAUCGCAAGCUGCAUAGAACGGAUGAUGCGGUGGCGGGGAUGCAGUAUUUCACGAAUUGUGAGCCUUCGCACGAUUUGCGAAGGCCUUUCCAGACCUUGACUAAGUUCCCUCUACUCCUUCUGCCUUGCAGUGUAAGCAUAGCCAGGCGGUCACGCUUCCCUUUGUACAGGAUCAGACUAUUAUUUGCUGUACUGGUGCAGGCGCGUCAACCAAUUGCGACAUCUGCAGGAAGAAGUGGCUCGGAGCGAAGGCUUGCCGUUAUUUGGUCAGUGGCUCACGCGCCGCAUCAGACGCGAUCGUGCUCUCUAACAUCGUCCGCCCUCUCGUAUCUGUCCAUCGCAGAUUUUGGACACCUUUUGGAAGGGUACCAACACUUCCAAGAGAAGGUGCAUCCGGUUCUCAUUCCCGGUGGUGUGAUGUAUGCGCAGAACUUGAUCCAUCAGUUGGGGCUGGCACUGAACGAUCCUCGGAAUUGGAGGAAUCGAAAAUUGGGCUCGGGAUGGGGUCAAAGCGUUCUCCGAGGGGUUGUAAACUAA